CGGACAAGUCUCAGCCUCCUUUUCCAGCGGGGUUCUCACACGACACACACGGUCCACGCAGCCGGCGACAUGGAGCUGUUCGGAAGGAGGAUCCUGCUGCUGUGCCUGCUUUCUCUGCCCUUUACCAUGGUAAACACGGGUGGUGUUUCUGCGGAGAGCGACCCCUCAGAGGAUGCGAACUUGGACCCCGUGGUGGAGGAAGAUGAGGAAGAGGAGGAAGAGGUGCUCGUUGAUGAUGAUGAUGAUGAUGAUGCCAACAUCUCGGACUCGGACCCAGAUGAUGACUCUGAUGAUGAAGACCCAACGGGAAUAGACGUGACCACUCACCCUGACGUUGACACCACCAUCGUAUUCGUUGCUGGGGAAGAGUUUCCAGCCAAUCAGAUAGUGAAGUUCCUGGUGGGUUUCACCAACAAGGGCGAGCAGGACUUUGCCGUGCGAUCGCUGGAGGCCUCCUUCCGCUACCCACAGGACUUCCAGUUCUACAUCCAGAACUUCACAGCCCUGCCCCUGAACACCGUGGUCCAGCCUCAGCGGCAGGCGUCCUUCGAGUACUCCUUCAUCCCGGCUCAGCCCAUGGCCGGACGCCCCUUCGGCCUGGUCAUUCUCCUCAACUACCAGGACAGCGAGGGGAACACGUUCCAGAGCACCAUCUACAACCAGACGGUCACCAUCACCGAACUGGAAGAGGGCUUGGAUGGGGAAACGAUGUUCAUGUACGUGUUCCUCUCUGGCUUGGUGGUUCUGCUGCUCUUUGGUAUCUACCAGGUGUUGGAGUCUCGCACGAGAAAGAGGCUCCCGGCGAAGGUGGAGACAGGCACUGGUGGGCUGAGGGAUGUGGACAUCAGCUGGAUCCCCCAGGAGACCCUCAAAGCCAUGAACAAGACCUCACCGAGAGCCUCGCCCAGGAAGCGCGCCAAGAGGGCAGCGGGCACAGACCUGUAAAUUGAACCCCUGCCAGCGAGAGAGCGGCGUUCGGAGCUCACCUGCCUGUUUAAGAGGUGUGGAACAGAAGUACACCGCGAUCUCUGUAAAAGUGUCUUUUCUCUCCUCUGUGGACCUCAGCCACACUCUUACUGAACAUUACCUAUAAAAAAAGAACUUUUGUGUUACUUUGUUUUUAAAACUCAGAUGAAGAGUCACAAAUUUAAGGCAUGAGUCUGGAUGCAGCUCAGUUAUCACUUGCCUGAUGAUCAUGGCUUUUGAGGCAUAAAUAGGAGUAAAACCUCAGCACUAGGUGUACUGUGGGCAGCUCACCAACGAUCCCAAGCUGGUCUUGCCAAAAGUAUUGUUGAAUAAUCUACAAACUAACCGGUGGCUUCAUACACAAGCAGUGACAAAUUCACAUGUUAAUGUCAUCAAAUGUGCUUUCAACAGUGUGCGCUGGAAUGUCUUGUAGUGAGACAAAAAAAAUAAAGUUUGGGUUGAAACCAU